GUCAUUAUGGGAUUGGCUGGAGGAGGCGGACGGGUAACGGGCCGCGGCUUCGGGAGUCUCGGGCAGUCAGUGUGAGGUGGCGGGAGAGGAGGACGGAGCCGCUCGGGGAGUAUGAGAGCGGGGAGCCGGCGCCGGAGGAGGGAGACACGGAGACAGACCCAUCUUAAUGGAUAUUGACCUGGACUAUGAGAGACCCAAUGUGGAAACCAUUAAAUGCGUGGUAGUCGGAGACAACGCCGUGGGGAAGACCCGUCUGAUCUGUGCCCGAGCCUGCAAUGCCACCCUAACCCAGUACCAACUCCUCGCUACCCAUGUGCCAACAGUCUGGGCGAUUGACCAGUACAGAGUGUGCCAGGAGGUCCUGGAGCGCUCCCGCGAUGUGGUGGAUGAGGUCAGCAUCUCUCUGCGGCUCUGGGACACUUUUGGAGACCACCACAAGGACCGGCGCUUUGCAUAUGGCAGGUCGGAUGUGGUGGUCCUCUGCUUCUCCCUGGCUAACCCCUAUUCUCUGCGUCAUGUCAAGAGUAUGUGGCUCCCAGAGAUCAAACACUUCUGCCCGCGGACCCCGGUGGUGUUGGUCGGGUGUCAGCUGGACCUGCGAUAUGCGGACUUAGAUGCUGUGAAUCGCGCCCGUCGCCCUCUAGCAAAACCCAUAAAACCCACAGACAUCCUGUCUCCUGAGGCUGGGCACGAAGUGGCCAAGGAGAUGGGGAUCUCCUACUACGAAACAAGUGUGGUGGCCCAGUUUGGAGUGAAAGACGUCUUUGACAAUGCAAUCCGAGCUGCACUUAUUUCCAGGAGGCACUUGCAGUUUUGGAAGUCUCAUUUAAAGAAAGUCCAACGCCCUUUACUCCAAGCCCCAUUCCUGCCCCCUAAGCCGCCUCCACCCAUCAUCCAGAUGCCAGAUCCUCCGCAGUGCAGUGGGCAAGGUCCCGCCGCCCUCUUCUGCACCCCGCUCUGUGCCGACGUUGUUUUCCAGCUGCAGAGUGGCCUGAAAAUCUUCGCCCAUAAAGUCUACCUGGCCACUGCAUGUUCCAAAUUCUAUGACCUCUUCACCUUAGAGCUGUUGACUGUUGUGAUGAAGAAUGAGAAGCAGGUCUCCACUGUAGAAGUGGCUGGACCCUCAUGGACCAGGAGCCAGGUUGUGGAUUGCAAACAUGAGGCCUUACAUGCAGGGCAUGGUGUUUCUGAGCUUUAUCUUUCCGGCGAUGAUGAGGCCACUGUGAGUGUGGGGGGAAGCCCACCACUCGGGUGGGGCAGGGAAUUAUCAGAAUGGGGUAGAGGGUUUAUCCGUGUGCAGAUGGAUCUUGUAGAAGAUCCUCUAACACAUCAGAAAAGGCCGAUGAUGGUUGUGCAGAUGGAUGCGCUAAUCCAAGAAGAGCCCUUACGGGCAGUGCUGGAAUACUUGUAUACAGGACAUCUAAACCAGUGCCGAGCCGACCUCAUGCACAUCGCCACCAUAGCGGAGGCCUUAGAGGUGUUUGACCUUCGCAUGAUGGUCUCCAACCUGCUGAACAAAGAGGGCUUCAUGAAUCAGGAGAUCACCAAGGCCUUCCACGUGCGGAGAGCAAACCGGAUCAGGGAAUGUCUGAGUCGAGGUCUCUUCUCAGACGUGGUGUUUACAGUGGACGACGGCUCCGUGCCUGCCCACAAGCCUCUUCUGAUUGCAAACUGUGACUGGAUGGUGGCCAUGUUCCGUGGCUCCUUCAGAGAAAGCUUCACUCCACAGGUGUCGCUACCAGGUACGUCGGCCACCUGCCUGCGGGCCGUGCUGGAGUUCUUAUACCUGGGACACUUCUGUCCAGGACCUGAGCUGGACUGUAUGGAGCUGCAAGUGCUCAGUAACCAGCUGUGUCUUCCACACUUACAGGCCCUGACAGAACAACAUGCAGUGGACGAGCUCCUGGCUUCUUAUGUACAAGGACAAGACAUAGAUGGGCAGGUGUUACUUUACCUGGACAUCGCACAGUUCCACAAUGCCAAGCAGCUGGAGGAUUGGUGUCUGCACUAUAUCUGCACCAACUACAACGCGGUGUGCCGGAAGUUUCCGCGUGAGAUGAAGUACAUGUCACCAGAGAACAAGAGACACUUUGAGCGGUGGCGCUGGCCGCCGGUGUGGUACCUGAAGGAGGAAGAUCGCUACCUGCGCUGCAAGAAGGAGCGCGAGCGCGAGGAGGAGAUUGUCCGCAAGCAGCACAGCAAGAGCAAGUGGUGUUUCUGGCGCCCUUCAUCAUCCUCUUCCUCAUCGUCCGUGUCCUGAGCCCCACGGCUACAUGUUCUGUGCCUUUCAUGAUGGCGGAGAGCAAUCUAUUCCUGAGUAAUUCUCCUGGCCUGGUAUCUAGCCUCUCCGUAGGCUGUACCCUCGGUGCCAGCGCCUUUCAGUGUUAUUGCACUAGAGCCAGCAACCUGCGGCAGCUCAUAUGUGAUUAUUAACCACUAGAGGUCUCCUCCUUCCCGCUCCCAGGUGCGGACAUCACUCGGGAGCACCGCGUGUCCACCGGGGAGUUCUAGACAAUCUCUCUGGACUUUAUAGACCUCCAGCAAGUGAUACCAAUGCAACAAGGCGGAAUAUACAGUGACAGUACUGACCACUGCAGGUACAGGCCACUAGUAUGUGUCCGGGAUACUCAUUAUCACUAUACACUAUGAGUUUACUUAGUUACUCAGUAUUACUAUAGAUCUCAGUAUUGUUAUGGUAGAGUGGUGGGAUACUUGGUAUAAUUAUACAGUGCAGAUUAGGAGUGUGACGGGCUGACGUGGUAAGUGGCCGCGAUACGUAGUGUGAUGGGCUGACGUGGUAAGCGGCUGCGAUACGUGGUUAUUGGGGGCUGUUACCGCUUUGUACUUACGGAUAGGGUGUAUAAUGCUGCUGCACCUUGUGUUUUUUGCCCGUGGUUGCCGUAGCACGGUGGAAGGUAUUCAUCGCUCUUCCUUCGAGACUUCUUGUUAUGUUACAUUCAUACAUAAAACACAUUUCAUGUUCAGGGUCCACAGGCAUCCACAGGGAUGACAAUGGGGUGUAGGUGGUAGGAUAGGACCGGGCACCAAACAGUUAAGCUGUUGAUAUCCCAGGAUGCUCCAAUGCUUCCCCCCCCCCCCCCCCUAUACCCCGCCCCUAGCCCAGGCUGUUCAGUUGAGUUUUGGUGCUAGCAGGAGCCGGUUGCACCUUUUAACAGUGGGGCUGCUACUUUCAGUAGAGCCAGCAGCGCUAGCCAGUCCUGAGGAGGUCAGCGCUGCUGCUCCUCAGAUUCUGAGGGGUCAUCUGGGGAGGCUGAUGAGGUUCCUCUCUCCCUAAGUCCCCUCAGGUGAGGAAAAGCAUGAUUGUACCAAAAACCCCGCCAUUCAAACACCAGAAGGUUGUUAGUGCUGAAUUUCCUCAGUCAGAUCAGCUUAAUGACCUCAUGCUUGAAGCAUGGCGUACCCCUAGUAAAAAGUUCCAGCUACCAAAAUGCUUGGUUUAUUUAUUUUUUUACCAUCUGGUGAUUGUGUUAAGUGGGAGGUUCCCGCUACAGUGGAUUCCCACGCAGCGCGCCUGGUUAAAAGCUCUACCCUACCUAUCCCAACUGCAUCUUUCCUGAAGGAGACUUCGGAUAGAAAAAUUGAGGCUUACAGGAGCCAUUACACAACGGUCUGUGGCCGCUGCCGGGGUGGCUAAGGCUAUUGAAAGGUGGGCAGAGGCUCUAGGAAAGCCUCCCCUCUGACAUUACACGGGAACAGCUGUCCCACAUCACACACAUUAGGGAUGCAGACUCCUACUUAGGUGAAGCAACUUUGGGUACUGGUCUCCUGACUUCCAAGGCAUCUGCUACCUCUGUGGUAGCCUGCUGCAUCUGGCAGCACUCAUGGAAAGCUGACACGGACUCCAAGAAGGCCCUCGAAUCACUGCUCUACACUGGGGAGAUCCUGUUUGGCACAGAAUUGGAGAAAAUAAUAGCUACUCUGGCAGCCUCUAAAACUGCUUUCCUGCCCUCAGCAUCUGCUCCGAAACUUCGGACAUCCUCCUUUCGGUACUUUCGCCACCCAAGGCAAAGCUAAAGGACAGUCCCUCAGCAGUCGACCUUCACAAAGGCCUCCAAAUCCAUGGCCAAACAGGCUCAGGCUACCAAACAUCCAGCGAUCAAGUCUGAAGAUAAACCUUCAGCCUGCUGGGGUGGGCCUCCCCCUGUGGUAUCCCAGGGUGGGAGGCCAACUUCUUCCUUUUGCACAGGCCUGGCGUCAGUCCACCACAGAUGCCUGGGUGCAAGAAGCGGUCUCUCACCGUGUCCUCUCUCUCAUCCCUGAAAUGCCGCCCCCUACAGUUCUUUUACACAAGCCCUCAAUCAGACCCAAGCAAAGCCUUGGCCCUCCUGCAGGCCAUUCAGUCUCUACAGAACUCAGGGUUGGUAAUCCCAGUCCCUUCAUCACUGCGAGGGGUGGGUAUUUACUCUACCAUUUUCCUGGUUCAGAAACCCAGUGGGUUUCAGAACCUGGGUAUUUUAUGGUAUCUCUGGAUAUUCAGGAUGCUUACCUGCAUGUGCCUAUAGCACCGUCUGAUCAACUGUUUCUUCGGUUUGCUGUCCUCCAGCAACAUUUCCAACUUCAGACACUGCCCUUUGGUCUUUCUACAGCUUCCCGGGUCUUUACCAAAAUCAUUGCUGUGAUGGCGGCCCAGCUUUGUCGUUACCUGAUCAGAAUACUCCCAUGCCUAGAUGACCUGCUGAUUCUGGCACACUCUCCGGAGGUCCUUCUCCACCAUCUUCAGCUGACCAUUACCUUCCUGCUUCCCAUCACCAGCCUUUUCCUUUUCACGAUUGAUUAAGGAAAACAGAUAUUCAAAGCUCCUAGGAAUAACCCCUCUCAAGUUAUGAGUAAAAUUAUCAGAAUCGGAUGGUCCCAGCAUCGUAAAGGUCUUGCCUGAACCAGGCUAAUAAACUGGAAAAAGUCCUCCCUGACUCCUUCUCAAAGGAUGUUACAUCUGGAAGCUCUCCUGGAUUUCCAGGUACAGAGAAUUUUCCUGCCAGCAGAGAAAAUUUCCACAAUACUUCAGUCACCAGGUGUCAAUACACUUAGCAAUGCAGAUCUUAGGGUCCAUGGUCUCCACCAUCAACAUGGUGGAGUACACCCAAUUCCAUUACAGGCCCCUUCAACACCUAAUCCUGUCCAUGUGGAAUGGGCAGCAUCAUCGGAUCAGGUCCCAGACAAUGGUCCUCUCUACAGAAGUUCAUCUGUCCCCCCUAUCCUGUGGCUACAGAUGUCCCACUUGGACAAGGGUUGGCCCUUCUGGAUCCUGGAUUGGGUACUCCUUACCCUGCACAGGUGGGGCAUGGUGACCGACCAACAUCCUUUCAGGGAGUUGCUUGCCAGUUGACAUCCUGGAGCUCCGAGCUGUCUACAGAGCACUCUCUAGCAUGGGAUAUGCUCCAGGGAAGGCCUGUCCUUGUCCAGACCGACAACGCCACUGCAGUGGCCUAUCUCAGUCAUCAGGGAGGCACUCGCAGUUUGUUGCUGAUGCAGGAGGUAGCACACAUUCUCAAAGGGUCGAAUGUCAUCUCCCGGCCAUCUCGGCUGUGUUCAUCCCAAGGGGUUCUCAACUUUGAAGCAGACUUUCUCAGUCGUCAUGUUAUACAUGCUGAAGAGUGGGUUCUACACCCAGAAGUUUUCCAGCUCCUGGCGGACAACGAGGCCUACCGGAAGUGGACCUCAUGGCUUUGACACAACCACAAGUUCCGGUGUACGGGUCCAGGCCAAGAGACCCCGAAGCAGCCUUCGUGGAUGCCCUGGCAGUGAAGUGGAACUUCAAGUUGGAAUACUUUAUUUCCUCCAGUCUCCCUCCUUCUGAGAGUGCUUUGCAAAUCCAAACUGGAAGGAGGCACUGUGAUGUUGGUAGCUCCGGCCUGGCCCAGGCACUAUUGGUUUACAGAUCUACAGAGUCUCUCCAUAAACAAUCCCUUUCCACUUCCGCUGUGACCAGACUUGUUGUCUCAGGGUUCCUGUCUACACACAGACCUUGCACAUCUGUCUUUCAUGGCGUGGCUCUUGAGUCAUACCUUCUAAGAUCCAAAGGUUUCUCUUGCUCUGUGAUUCAAGCCAUGCUUAGUGCGUGGAAGCUGUCCUCAGCCCUUAUCUAUUAACGUGUGUGGUAUACCUACUUCCAGCGAUGUGCUGCUAGACACUAUGACCCUCUGGUCUUUCAAAUUUCACAAAUACCUUUCUCCAAGCUGGCAUCUCUGAAAGUGCAUGUCUCUGCUCUGAAUCUAGUUCCAGUGACAAAUUGAUCCACUACCUGAUUGGCUUUUUUUUUUUUUUUUUUAAGGUGUCCUUCACAUUCAACCUCCCUUUAUCCCUCCAUUGGCUCUGUGGGUUUUGUAAGUGGUUCUGUAGGCACUACAGGAGUCCUGGUUUAUACUUCUGGACUCAGUGGACCUCAAAUGGCUGACAGUGAAGACUGUCUUCUGGCUAUUGCAUCUGCCCAAAAGGUGUCUGAUGUAGGGGCACACUUCUGUCACUCCAUCUUUUUGAUCUUUCAUCGUGACAGCUAUCCUACGAACCCGACCUGACUACCUCCCCAAGGUGGUGUCCAGUUUUCACCUUUAACAAAUAAAUCAUGGUUCCGGCUUUCUGCUCCCAAGACCUCUCCGCAGGGGAGGCUUCCUUGGAUGUGGUCUGUGCUCUUUAGAUUUAUGUAGAUUGUACAAACUCCAUCAGGAAAACCGAUUCCCUCUUUGUCCUCCUAUGGGUUCCACAAAAUAGGCUGGCCAGCAAAUAAACAGACUGGCCACAUGGCUUUGCAAGACUAUCUCACAGGCUUACACGGAAGCUGACCUUCCUGUGCUGGAUACAGUCUGUCCAUUCUACUCCCUUUGUGGGUAGUCCGCCAUGGCGCGUCUCCAGAACAGCUGUGCAAUGCGGCCACGUGGUUUGCUGUCGACACCUUUCUUAGGUUCUAUGCCUUUGAUACAUUUGACUCUCAGGAUGCUUCAUUUGGACACCAGAUUCUCCUCUCAGCUCAGGAGUGUCCCCUCCAUUGAACUGUUUUGGGACAUCCCCAUCAUCAUCCCUGUGGAUGCCUAUGGACUCUGAAGACGAAAAUAAGAGUCAUGGUAAUACUUACCUUUUAACUCCUCUUUUUCUUCAAAGUCCAUAGGAUCCGCAGGCUGCCCACCCUGAUGCACCUGAUUUCAAUGGGUUUCUUCUUGUGGUGACCGGUUUCCUUCUCUGUCGUGUGAGUGUUUCUUGAGUGUACCAGUCUUCCUUAUCUCUUAUCCUGCUCCUGCCUUGGGCUUGUUAACAAAACUGAAUAGCCUGGGCUGGGAUUAAGUGUUUGGGGCCUGGUCCUAUUUUACCACGUACACCCCAUUGUCAUCCCUGUGGAUGCCUGUGGACCUCAAAGAAAAGGUGUCCACAAAGGUAAGUUUUAUCAUAACUCUUAUUUUCCACAUUACAUGCAUUUUUAUUUAUUUUUUUGAAUUAUGGUUUUACUGCUUUGUAUUAGAUUGAUGUAUCUGUUACAUGGGAAGGCAGAGGUCUUGUUUCUGAAGUUGCAUGUAUGUAAUGGUGUUGCAGUACACAUACGUGCAUGCACAGUAGUGUGUUACAUCUUAUCCUACCAUGUUACAUUACAGGUAUGCAGUGCGGCUUUAUUACAUUACGUCACGCGCUUUACCCAUCUAGAUGAUUUUAGUGCCAAUUUAUUACUUACAAAGAAGUCACGAGGAAAUGGUUCAGUAUUUUGGUAAUUUAUUGGAAGCUGUAACACACUUGCAUGGCGAUCCGUGUUGUGUGGUCAUAUGUCAUCUGGCUGGGAGCUGUAACAAGCGUGCAAGGUGAUCAGUAUUCCUGUGUAGUCACUUCACCUGCCGCAUGGCUUGAAGAUGUCACUUCUGAUGAGAUUACGGCAUUGUUUUCCCGGGCUAUUAGAGCAUGUGUUUGAACAAGACGUUUUACAGGGAGUUUGAUAUAAACAACAGACUUUUAUAUAGAGUGCAGUAUUUCCUAAUGAGCAUUCUCUCUCUAACAAUGCUAGGUGAGAUCGCUGUAAGAGUUGAGCACAUUGUAGGUUUUUUCGUUUGGGAUGUGUUCAGCAUUUGGGUAGGUGUGUCACAUACUAUAGUUCUUACAUUUGCUGUAGUAUUCAAUGCACCCAUAGUUACAGCCUACCUGCAUCAAGGCACGUGAUUCAGUGGGGGUGCAUAUUCCAUCACUAUCCAGCUGUCCAAACUCAUCAUAUACAGGUGGUCACUCAAUACCAAGCUGCAGCCUAACCUCUGUGCUGAAUUGGGAUCACUUAGUCCUCAAAGCCUGUUCCUCCAGAGUUCCAAAAUCUCUGCAUGGAGGAGAUGUGGCUCAGUGGAUGCUGAGACCAUGACAGCAUCUUCUGAGGUCCAUCCUCAAAGCAUGGAAAAGAUGUGAUACUGUGACUUUCUCAGCAUCCACUGAAUCACAUCUCCAUACUGUGAUGGUCUCCGUAUCUACAGAAUCUUCUGAGGUCCAACCUCACAGCAUGGAGGAGAUGUGACCGUCUCAGGAUCCAUAGAAUCGCAUUAUCUUCUGAGGUCUAUCCUCAUCAUGGAUGAGAUGUGAGUCAGCGGAUCCUGAGACAGUCUCAGUAUCUUCUGAGGUACAUCCUCAUAGCAUGGAGGAGAUGUGAUUCUAUUGAUCCUGUGACAGUCACAGUAUCUUCUGAGGUCUAUCCUCAUGGAUGAGAUGUGAUUCAGUGGAUCCCGAGACAGUUGCAGUAUCUUCUGAGGUCCAUCCUCAUAGCAUGGAGGAGAUGUGAUUCAGUGGAUGUUGACUUUUAUUCUCUUUCAAGACCUGUCUUCACAGCUGGAGGACGUAUGACUUAGUACUUUCAAAGACCCUCACUCUUGUUUGCUGACCGCACUGCAUACAGAACAUGUGGUUCGGUGGAAUGCCUAGACCACAUGGAGGAGUGAUGAUUGUACUAUUACUGACAUUUUCUUUCACCUUUCUGUCCUCGCACAAAUUUGAGGUGAUGUGGUUUAGUGGAACGCUGUGGAAUUUGCUCUUUCAGAAGUGGAACCUCACUGCUUGGGAGAUUUAGUACAUUAAUUAGACCCUCGCCCUUUGGUUAUCCAGCCUCACAGAGUGGAGAUGAUGUGAUUCAGUGGAGUUCUCCAGAUUCCCAGCCUUAUAGUGUAGCGAAUGUCAUUCAGUAGCAUACUGUGGACUUCACAUGCUGUCUUUAGGGACAAGUAUGAAGAAGAUUUUCCUGCUGUCUGGAGUUCUAGCCUUAUCCCAAAAAGGGUGAUUUAGUGGCUGCUGUGGCCUUCAUUUACUUGCCAGAGGUCUACAUUUGUAGCAUGGAGUGAAUGUGACUCUUCACUGAUGCUCUGCUGUGGCCUUCACGCCCUCACUUUUAAGGUCCAACCUGAUUUCAUGGAGGGGAUGUGAUUCUGUGGAACGCUUAGACUUUCACUCUCUUCAGAGACCCAAGUUCUCAGCACAGAAGGGAAAUCAUUUGAUAGACUUUUUUAUUAUUGGUGUGACUUACGCUAAAACUGACUUGGUCCUUCAUCCACGUUGCCAAACACCAGCCACGGUCCUUUUCCCGGCCACGGGGAGCAGUACAAGAGGCUCUUCCCGCACGGCUGCUCUCACAUGUUUACAGCACAAAACCUGUCCUGCAAAAAAAAAAAAAAAAAACACAAAAAAAACCUGCUUCACAACCUCUGUGCCUUUCCAACCCAGUGGGAACUAGACAGUGGUAUCCCGUUACCCUAAUGGAUGAUGACCCACCCACCCCUCUAGCUCCACAAAUCUCACCUGCCACCCCAUUAGAUUGCAUGGAAUGGUGUGGUCUGGUAGUGGGCAGUGGCUGGAUUACUGGAAGGGGACUGGAACAUUGUCUGUGGUGUGUCGCACUUUCACUGACCAAAAUGCCACAAUAUGCCAAAGUACAAAUGCUUAAAAAAGAAAAAGGAACUAUGGCUGGUCAGUACGGUUGUAUAAUGUGACUGGUCAGUACAGGCGUGUGUAUGGGACAUGUGUGGUCCGUACAGGCGUGUGUAUGGAGUGACUGGUCAGUACAGGCGUGUGUAUGGAGUGAGUGGUCAGUACAGGCGUGUGUAUGGGACAUGUGUGGUCAGUACAGGCGUGUGUAUGGAACAUGUAUGUAAGGGGUGACUGUGGUCCGUACAGGCAUGUGUAUGGGACAUGUGUGGUCCGUACAGGCGUGUGUAUGGCGUGAUAGCUCAGUACAGGCGUGUGUAUGGGGCAUAUGUGGUCAGUACAGACGUGUGUAUGGGACAUGUGUGGUCAGGACAGGCGUGUGUAUGGGACAUGUGUGGUCAGUACAGGUGUGUGUAUGGGACAUGUAUGUAAGGGCUGACUGUGGUCCGUACAGGCGUGUGUAUGGGACAGGUGUGGUCAGUAGAGGCGUGUGUAUGAAGUGGCUGUGGUCAGUACAAGGUGUGUAUGGAACAUGUGUGGUUAGUACAGGCGUGUGUAUUGGAACAUGUAUGUAAGGGGUGACUGGUCCGUACAGGCGUGUGUAUGAGACAUGUGUGGUCAGUACAGGCGUGUGUAUGAAGUGGCUGUGGUUGGUACUGGUGUGUAUGGGACAUGUAUGUAAGGGUUGGCUGUGGUCACUUCAGGCGUGUGUGGGGGACAUGUGUGGCCAGUACAGGCGCGUGUAUUGGAACAUGUAUGUAAGGGGUGACUGUGGUCCAUACAGGCGUGUGUAUGGGACAUGUGUGGUCCGUACAGGCGUGUGUAUGGGACAUGUGUGGUCCGUACAGGUGCGUGUAUGGGACAUGUGUGGUCAGUACAGGCAUGUGUAUGAAGUGGCUGUGGUUGGUACUGGUGUGUGUAUGGGACAUGUAUGUAAGGGUUGGCUGUGGUCACUUCAGGCGUGUAUGGGACAUGUGUGGUCAAUACAGGCGUGUGUAUGGGACAUGUAUGUAAGGGUUGGCUGGUCACUUCAGGCGUGUGUAUGGGACAUGUGUGGUCCGUACAGGCGUGUGUAUGGGACAUGUAUGUAAGGGUUGGCUGUGGUCACUUCAGGCGUGUGUAUGGGACAUGUGUGGUCAGUACAGGCGUGUGUAUGGGACAUGUAUGUAAGGGUUGGCUGUGGUCACUUCAGGCGUGUGUAUGGGACAUGUGUGGUCAGUACAGGCGUGUGUAUGGGACAUGUAUGUAAGGGUUGGCUGUGGUCACUUCAGGCGUGUGUAUGGGACAUGUGUGGUCGGUACAGGCGCGUGUAUGGGACGUGUGUGGUCGGUACAGGCGCGUGUAUGGGACGUGUGUGGUCGGUACAGGCGUGUGUAUGGGACAUGUGUGGUCCGUACAGGCGUGUGUAUGGGACAUGUGUGGUCCGUACAGGCGUGUGUAUGGGACGUGUGGUCCGUACAGGUGCGUGUAUGGGACAUGUCUGGUCCAUACAGGCGCGUGUAUGGGACAUGUGCGGUCCGUACAGGUGCGUGUAUGGGACAUGUGUGGUCCGUACAGGCGCGUGUAUGGGACAUGUAUGUAAGGGUUGGCUGUGGUCACUUCAGGCGUGUGUAUGGGACAUGUGUGGUCCGUACAGGCGUGUGUAUGGGACAUGUGUGGUCCGUACAGGCGUGUGUAUGGGACGUGUGGUCCGUACAGGUGCGUGUAUGGGACAUGUCUGGUCCAUACAGGCGCGUGUAUGGGACGUGCGGUCCGUACAGGUGCGUGUAUGGGACAUGUGUGGUCCGUACAGGCGCGUGUAUGGGACAUGUAUGUAAGGGUUGGCUGUGGUCACUUCAGGCGUGUGUAUGGGACAUGUGUGGUCAGUACAGGCGCGUGUAUUGGAACAUGUAUGUAAAGGGUGACUGUGGUCCGUACAGGCGUGUGUAUGGGACAUGUGUGGUCCGUACAGGCAUGUGUAUGGGACAUGUGUGGUCCGUACAGGUGCGUGUAUGGGACAUGUGUGGUCCGUACAGGUGCGUGUAUGGGACAUGUGUGGUCCGUACAGGUGCGUGUAUGGGACAUGUGUGGUCCGUACAGGUGCGUGUAUGGGACAUGUGUGGUCCGUACAGGCGCGUGUAUGGGACAUGUAUGUAAGGGUUGGCUGUGGUCACUUCAGGCGUGUGUAUGGGACAUGUGUGGUCCGUACAGGCGUGUGUAUGGGACAUGUGUGGUCCGUACAGGCGUGUGUAUGGGACAUGUAUGUAAGGGUUGGCUGUGGUCACUUCAGGCGUGUGUAUGGGACAUGUGUGGUCCAUAAAGGGCGUGUAUGGGACAUGAGUGGUCCGUACAGGCGUGUGUGUGGGACAUGUGUGGUCAGUACAGGCGCGUGUAUUGGAACAUGUAUGUAAAGGGUGACUGUGGUCCGUACAGGCGUGUGUAUGGGACAUGUGUGGUCCGUACAGGCGUGUGUAUGGGACAUGUGUGGUCCGUACAGGUGCGUGUAUGGGACAUGUGUGGUCCGUACAGGCGUGUGUAUUGGACAUGUGUAGUCCGUACAGGCGUGUGUAUGGGACAUGUAUGUAAGGGUUGGCUGUGGUCACUUCAGGCGUGUGUAUGGGACAUGUGUGGUCCAUAAAGGGCGUGUAUGGGACAUGAGUGGUCCGUACAGGCGUGUGUAUGGGACACGAGUGGUCAGUACAGGCUUGUGUAUGAAGUGGCUGUGGUUGGUACUGGUGUGUGUAUGGGACAUGUAUGUAAGGGUUGGCUGUGGUCACUUCAGGCGUGUGAUGGGACAUGUGUGGUCAGUACAGGCGUGUGUAUGGGACAUGUAUGUAAGGGUUGACUGUGGUCACUUCAGGCGUGUGUAUGGGACAUGUGUGGUCCGUAAAGGGCGUGUGUCUGGGACAUGAGUGGUCCGUACAGGCGUGUGUAUGGGACACGAGUGGUCAGUACAGGCGUGUGUAUGAAGUGGCUGUGGUUGGUACUGGUGUGUGUAUGGGACAUGUAUGUAAGGGUUGGCUGUGGUCACUUCAGGGGUGUGUAUGGGACAUGUGUGGUCAGUACAGGCAUGUGUAUGGGACAUGUAUGUAAGGGUUGACUGUGGUCAGUUCAGGCGUGUGUAUGGGACAUGUGUGGUCCGUACAGGCGUGUGUAUGGGACACGAGUGGUCAGUACAGGCGCGUGUGUGGGACGUGUGGCCAGUACAGGCGCGUGUAUUGGAACAUGUAUGUAAGGGGUGACUGUGGUCCAUACAGGCGUGUAUGAGACAUGUGUGGUCAGUACAGGCGUGUGUACAUUAUGUGAGAAUUGCAGGAACAUCUCCCGUGCCUGUGAGACGCAGUAUGUGACCGUGUGACACCUCCCUUCCUAAUCUUGUCCCUGGCACAGACUUGUGGAGCUGAGGGGGUUGAACUUUUUCCAAAAACAAGGGCUGUUUGUACCGUUAUUUUUUGUUGUUUAAUUGAUGCAACCUUUGUACAUUGUUGAUAGUGACAAGAGACUGCCUCCAGCUGCCUGCAAACACUAAAUAAACCUUUUAUACGAUAA